GUACGUGUUCUGCACGCCGCCCGUGCGUUCGCCACAGCCUCAGAUACACAUGUCUCACGUGCCACCAUCGCUGGCAGUGCGUGAGCAAGAGAGGGCGCUACUGCUGCAUAACGAGCUAGCGCCGCGCUCAGCGUGUCUGCACGCCAUCGACAGCUACACAUCAACGCAGUUCCCCGACCGCCGCCUCAUACAGUACGACUGUGGUAAGCUGCAGACGCUGGACGUGUUGCUACGGCGACUGAAGGUGGACGCUCACCGCGCGCUCAUCUUCACGCAAAUGACUCGCAUGCUGGACAUCCUAGAAACGUUCCUCAACUACCACGGCCAUCGCUACCUACGCCUGGAUGGCACCACCCGCAUAGAGAUGAGACAGACGCUGAUGGAGCGAUUCAACGCAGACCCGCGCAUCUUCUGCAUGAUACUAUCAACGCGCUCUGGUGGCAUCGGUGUGAACCUUACCGGCGCUGACACUGUGAUAUUCUACGACAGCGAUUGGAACCCGACGAUGGACGCUCAGGUGAAUGCGCGCUUCUAG